ACGGGCACGUCAAAAAAGAAAAUGUGGACUGUAAGGACAAACUGAGGCCGGAGAAGGACCGUCGAACUAAAUAAAUCGUCUUCGUAGAGCUCUGUUGCCAGGCAGUAGUUGUUAUUUAAAGUUCACAACCGAAUAUUUGACAGUUUAAGGGUCGUUUCUAGGUUAACUCGUAGUCUUGCUCGGUGGUGGUUCGCUUUGAGGAAGCAGCAGCUCGGCUAGCCAGCUGAAUUAGCUAGCCUACCAGAGAUGGGGACGAGAGCCAGUCGCCUACAGGAAGACCCGGUUCCCUCUGCUUUCGGAAAAGAUGGCACAAAGCGGGAUUCCUACCGGCGACCCCGCCUCACCAGACCCACUAGUCUCAUGGUGGACUUCUCUGGGAGCUUCGAGGACACGGAGGCCAACCGGAGUCGUUCAGAGGAGGGCAGCGAUUCGGACCUAGGGCAGCAUGGGGCGAGCGCCGACGGUAGCCCCGCUGACCACCACGGCAUCCCCUCUAGCAUUAGCCAACCGUCACCUGCGGACGACAACAACAGCGAAGGAAAACCCGAGGAAGACGGGAACACAAGCCCGGAGGCUCCCGUUGACGCGGAACAUCAGCCCGGAGAGGAGACAGGCCGCACGCCCCACCGCACUUUUUCCGAGCGGCUGCCCGGGAAUCGGCACUCUUCCGCCCGCAGUGUUGGCGCAAGAUCCGCCCGGGUCCGGGGCACACACCAGCGGCCGGUGUCAGAGGCUUGGAUCGGCCUGUACCGUGUUAACAACCGCCAUGGCAAUAUCCGCUGCCCUUUCUGCUCGAAGCCUUUCCCGGGGGGUCGGAUUGAGGAUCACCUGUUGAGCUGCCUCACGUCUCCUCCUCUACCUUACAAUACGGAUGUGCUUAGUAAAGACAGCGGAGAGUGCUCCAUCUGUUUGGAGGAUCUGGUACAGGGGGAGACCAUUGCCAGGCUGGCUUGCCUCUGCGUCUACCAUAAGAGCUGCAUUGAUUCCUGGUCCAAGGUGAAGCCCUGCUGCCCUGAACAUCCCUUCGAUUGACUCAUGGGUCACAAGUUUUCCACACAGUGACCAACCCGACUCAGGAGACUACACUGAAUCCUAACAAAAUCCCAAUAAAGAUGUGUUAUUGAACAAAUAAAAGCCCCCCCGUCCCUGUCAGACGCAAACCUAUAUUUGAGUGGAAAGCAGACGAUCCUAAGAAGAAGCUGCAGUUAGUGACACCCACUGCCUCUCCAUUUGGAUCAGUCCAUUUGAACUUAGUCUUGACCAUUUCAAGCCAAACUCCCAACAACAAAAAAAAUAAACCAGCUGCUCUGUCUAAUCUUCGGUCGAGACCCUCGUUGGAACAGAAGUGGAUUUCACUUUCUAUCUCACGGACUUGGCUUUAAUCCACGGAACAUUUAAAAAAAAAAAAAAAAAAAGUCAAACAAAUAUUAUCAUCCCAGAACGAUGGAACUCGCCCCAGAAAGAUCUUGAACUUGGGGAGGAAUGCAAAAAAAAAAAAGGAAAAAAAAAAAGGUCUCAACUGUGACUCUGGAUCCUCUCCUGUGUAUUUUUCUCCCUCCGAACGGGAUCGGUCAUUUUAUCAAGUAUUUUGCAAAAACAGUAUUGUUCCAUGUUAUACAUCGGAUGAAUGUUUUCUUUCCUCGGCUCACCCCAAAUGAACCGACCUCACACUGAAAGCGUGAACUGUUACCACAUAAACAUUGCUUUAUUUUGAACUAGCUGGAGGUUGAGGGCUUGUUGUUGGUGAAUGGGGGCUGCCGUUACUUGGUGUUUUCUGUUUUCUAUUACCUGUAAACAUUUCAGGGGAGGUUUGGGGGAUAAUUGUUUUUCUCAGUAGGUCAGUUUCUUGUUGGUGGUUAGUUAGCGCUGAGUUUAAUGUGCUGCUACUUGGUGGGUGUUUUGGAAGGUUGUAGGUAUUUCAUAGGGCCAUAGUAACGCUGGUGUUGGCACCAAUUUUGAGCACUUUUGUCCCUCAAGGUUUUUUUUUUUUUUGUUUGUUUUUUUUUUUAACCCCACAUAAGAUCUUGGAUAAGGUUGUGUGUGUGCAAGUGUGUAUGUAUAUGUCUUCAGAUGAUGACCAGGGACAGGAAAUGUCCUGAGAAUGAGGUGUGUGUGUGUGUGUGUGUGUGUGUGUGUGUGUACUGUAAAUUGCCCAGAAGUCUGCUUGGUUAAGCGGGUUAACCUUUUUAGUUUUUCAUGCUAGUUUUUAACUACAGUCACGCUGGCAAACAUCAUGUUAAAUGUGGCAUUGGUACGAAACAUGGCGACCGUUCGACUUUGAAUGCGGUUCAGGGGUUUUGUCCUCCUCCUCCCUCCUCAUUCUCACAUACUCUCUGGGGUGUAGUCCGGAUUUUUGGACCAGACCCCAAGUGACAGUUUUCGCCAUCUGGUUACAUUAAUGCCAGAUCGGUGAGGGAUAAAAGGGGUGGAGGGAUUGAGGGAUGUAUUUUUGGGGCAUGUUUACACCAUGUGGCAUCUGCCUCUCUCCCCAACACUGGAGGCUAUGGACAGCUGAUGGUUAAUUAUUACAUAAGUAGCCCCUCUCCUUUUUUUUUCUUUUUUUUGGGGGGGGGUUUUAGAUAUUAUAUCAUCACAUUAAGGUCAUGAUUAUUGCUAAAUGUGUUAAAUGGCUUUCCUUUGCCUUGUUUUGUGUGUGUUGAUUGCCUUUGCCUGGUGACGGGGUUUUGUGCAAGUAGAUAAUGUAGUGUUUUUAGGGCUGAACUGAGGUGGAGGCCCACCAGUAAGGCUGCUCAACAGAUGCUGUCUGAUACAGGUUGUGCACAGGCCGGGGGGAAACUGGGAAAGAACAAAACAUGAAUUGAUUGCUGUUGCUGCCUGCUCAAAAGGCGAGUGUGUACCAUGUGUUCCAGUGUCUUUCCUACAGUGGUAUGGAUCGGUUUAGAGGUCAGGCCGGUGCACAGGUUUGCUACUGGCCAGUUCGUUCACCCCAGCCUUCAUUUUUUUUUUUGUUUUGUUUUUUUCCUUUUCUGAUCCCUGGUGUUUUGCAGUCUGAGGUGCUACAACUUGUCCCGCCACUAGAGGGCAGCCCUGUGCAUGUUUCUCAUAUUUUUGUAUUGAGACUAGAAAAAUAAUGCCAAAAGUCUGGCUGUGCAUUGGGGGCAUUGUGUGAGAGCGUGCGGAAGACGAGGUGCAUUGAUCAUUAGAUGUUACAUUUGUUGUGGUGAUAAGUUAUGAUGUUGUAUACUUUGGCUGGGAGGGGUGGGGGUGUUUGUGUGUGUUUUUUGGGGUAGGGGAGGGGUGGUGGUGGUUGGGUUGUCGAUGAAAAUAAUAGACAAUCUAAAACCCCACAUUACUCUCAUUGACUUUCUUACCCCCUCUAAGCUGUGUGGUGCAAUACCUCAAUUUUUACCAAUGCUAACUAAACGCUCUGUGUAAACUAGCUCCUCUCCAACCAAGAAUGGUAUUUUGUAUAAAUGUCCCUAAGUCCUUGGUUUUGAAUCACAGGGUACUGAUCCCCUGUGCUUUGAGACCGAUGUAUUAGACGAGAAUGUUUUUCAAAGAGUCACCACAGCAGUAUCUGCAUCCCCAAGAUAUGGACAAUCUGCCUUUACUCUGGUAUAAAAACAAAUUGAAUUUUAUUUAUUAAAUUGUAAAUAUGUAAUGCAAUUUAAGAAAAUGGCUUGGUCUUUGUCUGUUCAAUAUAAUGUUUCUAAGCUCCAAUCUUUUGUAUGUCUCAGAAAUUGUUUUUAUAUGUAUUUUUUACAAUAAAUAUG